UUGAGGGUACGCACUCUAACACUAAUAUUGAAUUUUAUCGGCUCAAGGUUAGACCAGUUGCCGACGAUUUCACGAUGAAACCAUUUUAUGUUAAAAGCAUUUUUCUUCAGCCUCUUCUACGGUGCACCUUUUUUCCUUGUCAUAUCAAUAAUGUUCGUUGUUUGGCCUCAAAGCCACGAAACGAGGGUGAAUUGAGUGGAGUGACAGGAAUCAGACGGAAAGGUGUAAAGAAGGAAAAGAAACGUGAUCCAGAUGAAGAAUUCAUGCAGUUGUGGAGUACUACAGAGGGAUAUAUACAAAAUGUUUUCAAAGAAAGAAGAACAGGGAUCAAGUCGACAAAGGAAAAUUACAGAAAUACGUUUGUGACUCCAAAUGUCACAACUCUGCCUAUUGUAAGUGAACUAACUAAGGAGGAAAGAGAAGACCUGCUUGAUGAUGAUGGAACGACAGAGUUUAGGAUUCCCACAGCAGAGGACUUUGCAAGGCUAACUCCGGUAUACAAGUCCUUGACAGAGGAGGAACUUGAUGGUGAAAAAAUAUUUGAAAGAAAAGAAGAGAGUGAUGAAAAGGACAGGGAAAAUGACGAAUCAGAUGUUAUUGACACGUCUAAAAUUUUGUCAUUUGAAGACUUUGAUCUUCAUCCAAAGCUUAUACAAAAGCUGAAACUCUAUGGCAUUGUCACUCCCACUAACAUCCAAAAACAAGCAAUACCAAUAGUUCUAAAGGGAAAGAGUCUUCUUAUUCAAUCAGAAACUGGAUCUGGUAAAACUAUGGUAUUUUUAUUGCCUACUCUGCAAUCUCCUGGAAAAACCUUUGGCACAAUAAUCAUUGUACCCACAAGAGAACUGGCAAGUCAGAUGCUGUUUGAGGCCCGUCGCCUUCUCAGUGACAAAGCUGUUGUGGAGUCUUUUGUGAGUGGUGUUGAUUUAAGAAAACAAGAGGCAAGAUUGAAAGAUAAGGCAAAGAAACCUUUGAUAGCCAUUGGAACCCCUAAGAGGAUUCUUGAAAUAAUUGAGAAGGAUCCUGCACUAGUGCAGCGCACUAAAAGGAUCAUAAUUGAUGAAGUGGACAAAGUUCUUUUGCCACUUCAUAAGAGGUCCUCAUUCAAGAGGCUCACUCACCGGGCAAACUAUCCUAGAGCAGCAAAGACAGUGGUGGAAAUUAUUCUUCAGUUAUCUAAGGUUAAGUACAUCCAGAUGAUUGGAGCUUCUGCAACUGUGAAUGAUGUUCUCCAAGAGGACCUAACAGAAAUUGGCUGGGGAGAUCAUGUCAAACUUGUACAGUCUUCCACUCUUGAAGGAUGGCCUUGUAAAGUUCCACCAUGCAUUAAGCACCAAUAUGUUAUCUGUGAUGAAUCUGUUGGUCUUACCAAAGCACAAGCACUUGCCAGAGUUUUCAGGGAGUCAAGCCAGAAAUCUGGUCUGGUGUUCAUUCACCGUCUUCUAUCAGUUGAUGAUUUUGUCUGGGAGUUAAGAGACCUUGGACUAAAUGCAGUAGCUCUGUAUCAAAAAGUUGCUAAUCAGGAUCCUGAGGAAUAUGAGAAAUUCCUCACAGAGUUUCAAACCGGACAGAUCAAUAUUGUGGUUGGGACAGAAGAAACAGUGAGGGGUCUGGAUUUCAAAGAACUGGACCAUGUGUAUUUAACAGAAGUGGCCAGAAAUAUUGACGCUUAUUUGCAUCUUGCUGGGCGAGUUGGCCGACAGGGUAGGCCCGGGACUGCUACAACAUUAGUUUCAGUCCAAAAUCCAAGAGAUGAAAAGAGGAUGCAAAUGGAGUACCGCAGACUUAAUUUACCAUUUGAACGGAUUGUUUUGUGAAGUGAUACAUAAUAAACCCUUUACACCCUAAGAUCAAUAUGUUUCUUCUCCAUACUGUUCUCUAUAUAUUUCCAAUGGCACUGACAAAGAUAAUUUUUUAAACAAUCAAAGGAUUCUUAUGUUGAUGAUCACUUCCUUAAUUCUCAUGAAUGUUAUGUUUGAUUUAGCCAAGAUGCUGUAAGGAGAAAAUAGAUGCUAGUCACCCUUGGGGGCUAGAGGGUUACUGAGUACCUACAAAAUUUGCAAGUCAAAUUAUAUUUUUAACAGAUACCAAUUAAGAUUUCCUGUAUGUCUCCUGCACACAGUUUGCACAGUAAGGGCCCUCUUGAACCUACCUGGAAGAUAGAGUGCCUGGGACCUUAUGAUACUGGCAACAAAUUUAAACAAUUGAAAAUUAUUUUUACUAGGUAAUAUCAAACGCUGUGCAUGGCCUUAUAGCAAAAUUGAUUUAUUAAAAAAUGGAAGAUAGAUAUAACCUUCACCGUACUAUAUAGUGGUACAGCACCAUAUUACAUAAUACUUCCUAUUUUAAAAAGUGUGCAAAUACAUUUUAGAUAUGAAAUAUUCUAGUUUGCUUCAUAUAAUCAUCUCAAGCAAAGCAAAGCAUUUUCAUUUCAGUCUUAGAGUUAUGGUGACAGAGGUAAUCCUGCACAAGCAUUGGUAAAGCUCUAGCAGUAACAAAUUAAUCAAAUAUUCCCACCACACACCCUCACAUUAGUGGACUAAUAACAUUUCUUCAAUAUUUAAGAAAAAAAAAAGUAAUAUUAUGAUAACAAUGACAGCAACAGGGGUAUUUCGGCACAAGCAUUGGUAAAGCCAUAGCACAAACAGAUAAAUCAAAAUUGUCCACCACAUACCCUCACAUUAGUGUACUAAUGAUAUUUCUUCAAUCCAUAAAGAAAAAAAAA